AUGGUAGUUUCAAUGAUUGCCGCGAUGGAUAAAAACCGGCUGAUUGGUAAUGGACCGGAUAUCCCAUGGCAAAUGCCAGCCGAUCGACGGCAUUUCCGUGAUAUGACAAUUGGCAAGCCCGUCGUUAUGGGGCGUAAGACCUUUGAAACGCUUAAACGUCCUCUGGGCAAGCGGCGCAAUAUCAUUCUCACACGAAACAGGACUUACGAGACACCGAAAGGGUGCAUCGUCGCACAUUCGGUAGAAGAGGUUCUUAAACUUUGUGAAGGAACAGAAGAACUCAUGAUAUGCGGCGGCGCACCUAUCUACGAAACCUUCUUACCGCACGCCAACCGACUCUAUCUUACGCAGAUCCACGCGACAUUCAAAGGCGAUGUCUAUUUUCCGGCGUUCGAUAUGGACGCGUGGCAAGAAGUAAACCGUAUUGAUGGUGAACCUGACGAGAAAAAUUCUUAUCCUUACAGUUUUUUGUUUUUAGAAAGAAAAUAG